GCGCCUGCAGCUGGCUUGACGCUGCUUCUCUCGGUCCGCCUCUCUCUCUCUCCUCCCGACUAAAUAUUCGUCUGUUCUCGUCGCGAAGCGUCCACCAAGUGGCGGAGGAAAAGGAAAGGAAAGGAAAGGAGAGAGAGAGAGAGAGGACUGACUGGUCGUUCUGGGAAAAGGAAAACAAAGUAAAGGAAAUUAAACAUUAACAGCGACCGGUCAGCGGAAAGUGAACGCGGUUACGACUCCACGGCUGUUUGAAGAGUCCAUGCAGAGCUGGUUCUCCACCAGUCAGUCGAUGGUGUAAACACAUUAGUAGUUGUGUGACAUUGCGGGUCUCCUCCCAGUCUCCCAGUCUCCCAGUCUCCCAGUCUGUUGACGGAUACAGUUUGGCUUCAGUGGAAAGGAGAGACCUGACUGUUCAUUACACCAACCAGCGUUGUAUUGCCCAGGAUGUCUACGAAGGCUCACAGUUCCAACAGCAUCGCCCAUGCCCGGCGGACGGUGCAGCAGCUGAGAAUAGAGGCGAGCAUUGAGAGGAUAAAGGUAUCCAAGGCCUCUGCAGACCUUAUGAACUACUGCAGUGAACACGCCAGAAACGACCCUCUCCUUAUGGGCAUCCCCGCCUCAGACAAUCCCUUCAAGGACAAAAAACCCUGCACUAUAUUGUAGUGGAUGCCACUUAGCCUUUAUGUGUUUUUUUUUUUUUUUGCUUAUUAAUGUUGCUGUAUUCUUUUUGUUGGGUGGAGUGAGGGGGUGGACUGUGAUCGUAUCAUUGCCAUGUGUUCACCUGUUCUGUUAAGUCAGCAAUUCAACCAGGAUUUUCCUCAAAAAACAGCAGUUGGUAGCGAGCAAAGAAGGCCCCACUAAUAGUGCCACUGUUCAGUUUGAGCUCUGACCACUUACUGUAAAGACUUUGGCUGCAUGAGUUGCGAUGGCACCUGGUACAUAAUGUUGCUUAAAUAAUAAUAAUAUUGUAACGGAUUUGGUCCUUCCUACUGUAUGUAAACGGUCUCAUCUCCAUUGGGCAGUAACUGUUACUGUCUCUCUGGUUUGCCUUAUGUGGAUUCAUACAGCCAAAGUUUCCCUUCAGACAUUUAAAAGCGUAUUACUUUUAAGAUGGAUAAUAAUGGCUCUUCUUAUCAUGUGGCUUCAGACUUCCCAACAGUAUUUUGUGCAGUUUUGAUCACUGAAUUCAGUGGUCAGUGGUUCAGUGGUUGAGCCUCUACUCAAAUCUUACCAUAAUGUAUCUUUGAUCAACGGGGACAAUAAUGUCACCAUAUCUGGUAUGAAAUUCAGACACUCAAAAGUAUUCUGCGACCCAGGUCUGACUGGUCCACGCGACAAUCCGCAUGCUGUUUAAUCCAUUGUUUUCCUGUCUGGUAUUUUGCAGUAUGACUACCAUGAUACAGUGUUGUUUUCAGUGUUGUUUUAACAAACCAUAAUGUGGAGAUAAAUUCCAUAUAAACACCUUUAACCCAAGAUCAUCUAUGCUCAGAUUCAAGCCAUUGGGAUAAUAUGACCCCGGUGCUGUGAUGCUUUUGAAGCAAAAAUGAAAAUGCUUUAUCAGAUUAAUGCAGUGCAGAAUUUCUGUUUUUAGUUAAGUUGACAUUGUGUGCAGGGCAAACACUGUGUAAUGAAGGACCAAGCCAAACCAAUGAUAGUGCAUUUAAAAAAACAAAAAACAUCUAAAUAAUAUGCGUCUGAAUGAGACUAUUUGUAGCCAUUCCUUCUGAAAACUUUCUGUGGUACGAUAUUUUUAAGAACACUGACGACACGAAGCACGUCAGCCAAGUGUUGCGCAACACUGUGAGCCACGCUUUACUCGCUCAUCACAAGUGUCUUAGUCGGGCGAAUGUGCACAUCGUUGUCUUAUAAAGUGUUUUUGGUGCAGGUGCAAGCGUGCAUUGAUGAUGAAACCACUCUCCCAAGACCUCUCUCAGAUUUUUCAAUUCAAACUAUAACAUUUGUGUCGGUUGGGGGUCUUUGAUUGUCAGUCUAACGUCAUGUUGUGGUUGUCUGGGGGAAUAUAUAAAUGUAACAAAAAACACAAUAGAUAGCAUAAAUUAAGAAUGUCUUACACUCUAAAGCCUUACUUAUGCUUGUAUCGUGAAGAAUACUCUAACUGGGAGUACUUUCUUUAAAAAAAAAAAAAAAGAUGUUUCUAUUUUCAUGUGUGGGAUGAAAGUGAUUUGUAACAAUAUUGUGCCAUUGUUUGUUUCUGUCCACAUGUCACUAGCAAAACAUGUUAAAUAGUGUUUCACUUACCCGGUGCUCCGCUUUUUUAGCAGUUUCGGUAUCAUUGCCUUCUCCAAAGGGUACUUUCAGGUCUUCAAAUCUGCAAGAUCUGGUGUUAUUAUCCAGUUGUAUUUUUUUUUAUGAUUGUCUCUAACAGUCAGUUUUCUUACUUGCAAUAAACUAUUCUGUAUAUGCCUCUUAAGGAAAAGUUCAGAUCACUACUGCCAUGUCAUGAUUUCUGUCCAUUCAGCAACUCCGUAACAGCCUUAUUGUUCCAUCGUUGGAUUAAUUUAACUGUCAAAAUCUGCAUUUUGAUAAAUGUCUUUAUUAAUAAACCAACCUUUGUAUGAAGACUUAACUAAGAUUAAUAAAGUGAAGCAUUCCUACGGUACGAUACUGUACUAAUAUCUCAAUAAAGAUGUUUUGUGCUGCACAGUCA